CCAACCUAUCGACUUGACACCAUCUCUGCCCAUUACGUCUCGCCAUGCAGGGGCGCGUCCGGCUCGUCCUUUUCGACGUGUUUGACACGCUCUGCACCCCCCGCCUGCCCGUGCACGAGCAGUAUGCCGCCGAGGCGCGCAAGUUUGGCUUGCACGUCUCGCCGGAGCGCGUGCGCGCCGGCUUCCGCCCCGCCUUCAAGGAGAUGAACGCUACGCAUCCGCUGUAUGGGAAGCACUCGACGCCACCGCUCACUCCCGAGAGCUGGUGGACGGGCCUGAUUGUCAAGUGCAUGGCGCAUGCUGGUGCGAGCGAGACGGAGCUUGCGCGAAUCGGGGACAAGCUCGGGGAAUCGAUCAUGCGGCGAUUUGAAUCGUUGGAAGGCUACUGCGACUUUCCCGAGACGCUGGACGUUUUGCGCGGUCUGCGCGCCCUCGGCGUCCCGACUUCGGUCGUUUCCAAUUCGGACCCCAGAAUUUUUCUUACUCUCGACGCCCUCGAGAUCGAGCCGCUCAUUACAUGUGGUCCUACACUCAGCUGGGAUGUCGAGGCCGCUAAGCCCGACAGGCGCAUUUACGAAGCAGCGUGCAAGGCAUGCGGCGUAGACCCGGGGCCGGGCGUGAUCAUGGUCGGCGACGAGCUCGAAGCAGACUACCGCGGCUCCUUGGCCGCGGGGCUGGAGGGACGCCUCGUGCGCCGUGAUGGCGAGUGGUCAGAUGGCGCUGUGCGCCACGGCGUGGAAGACCUCGAUGGUGUGCACGUCAUCAGCAGUCUAAGCGACGUGCUUAGAGAGGUGAAGCGGCGGAACGCAUAGAGUAGCUUGCAGUGUACUAUAUUGAUCGGAGCGAAGCAAGAGAAGCACAUCAGAUGACUAGAGUCAAGAAGCAUACAUCUACACAAUGAUAGCGAAACCAAACCUGC